CCUGCCCACGCUUUAUGCACAUGCGUACUCAGGUUCGCGGCUGGGAGCCUGCGGGCAUAGCGAAAAUGGCGGCGGCAAUGCGGGUGGCGGCGGCCGGGAAAAGGCUCAGCGUUGUAGCCAGCGGUCUCGGCACAGCGGUCCGCAGCCUUUGCAGCCAGCCUGUGUCCAUUAACGAGCGCAUCGAGAACAAGCGCCGCACCGCGCUCUUGGGAGGCGGCCAACACCGUAUCGAUGCGCAGCAUAAGCGAGGAAAGCUAACGGCCAGGGAGCGAAUCAGUCUCUUGCUGGACCCUGGCAGCUUUGUUGAGAGCGAUAUGUUUGUGGAACACAGAUGUGCUGAUUUUGGAAUGGCUGCUGAUAAGAAUAAGUUUCCUGGAGACAGCGUGGUCACUGGACGGGGCCGAAUCAAUGGAAGAUUGGUUUAUCUCUUCAGUCAGGAUUUUACAGUUUUUGGAGGCAGUCUGUCGGGAGCACAUGCCCAAAAGAUCUGCAAAAUUAUGGACCAGGCCAUAACGGUGGGGGCUCCAGUGAUUGGGCUGAAUGACUCUGGGGGAGCACGGAUCCAAGAGGGAGUGGAGUCCUUGGCUGGCUAUGCGGACAUCUUUCUGAGGAAUGUCACGGCAUCCGGAGUUAUCCCUCAGAUUUCUCUGAUCAUGGGCCCGUGUGCUGGCGGGGCCGUCUACUCCCCAGCCCUAACAGACUUCACGUUCAUGGUUAAGGACACCUCCUACCUGUUUAUCACUGGCCCUGAUGUUGUGAAGUCUGUCACCAAUGAGGAUGUUACCCAGGAGGAGCUUGGUGGUGCCAAGACCCAUACUACCAUGUCAGGUGUGGCCCACAGAGCUUUUGAAAACGAUGUUGACGCCUUGUGUAAUCUCCGGGAAUUCUUCAACUACCUGCCCCUCAGCAGUCAGGACCCGGCUCCCAUCCGCGAGUGCCAUGACCCCAGGUGGUGUAGCCCCGUCGUCCCCAAGCCCCAGCCCUCGGACCCAUACCCAACACCCGUCUGCGGCCUGGUUGUUGACGAGCGUGAAUUUUUUGAGAUCAUGCCCAAUUAUGCCAAGAACAUUGUUGUUGGUUUUGCAAGAAUGAAUGGGAGGACUGUUGGAAUUGUUGGCAACCAACCUAAGGUGGCCUCAGGAUGCUUGGAUAUUAAUUCAUCUGUGAAAGGGGCUCGUUUUGUCAGAUUCUGUGAUGCAUUCAAUAUUCCACUCAUCACUUUCGUUGAUGUCCCUGGCUUUUUGCCUGGCACAGCACAGGAGUACGGGGGCAUCAUCCGGCAUGGCGCCAAGCUUCUCUACGCAUUUGCCGAGGCAACUGUGCCCAAAGUCACAGUCAUCACCAGGAAGGCCUAUGGAGGUGCCUAUGAUGUCAUGAGUUCCAAGCACCUUUGUGGUGACACCAACUAUGCCUGGCCCACAGCAGAGAUCGCAGUCAUGGGAGCAAAGGGCGCUGUGGAGAUCAUCUUCAAAGGGCAUGAGAAUGUGGAAGCUGCUCAGGCAGAGUACAUUGAGAAAUUUGCCAACCCUUUUCCUGCAGCAGUGAGAGGGUUUGUGGAUGACAUCAUCCAACCUUCCUCUACUCGUGCUCGAAUCUGCUGUGACCUGGAUGUCUUGGCCAGCAAGAAGGUACAACGUCCUUGGAGAAAACAUGCAAAUAUUCCAUUGUAAACAAAUCAAAGGAAAGUAAACCAACAGCUGAAUUACUGUCUGCCCAUUUGUACCCCAUCCCUGCCUUUUGCGGUCAUGAAACCUGGGAAUCUAAAUAUCAGUCAUAACUUAGAAUGGCUAAGGUUAUUAAAUUCUAGAAAAAUCUC